ACCGCCAUGCCAACCCGAUCCCGAGGGGAUCGCCAGUCGCUCUGUUAGAAAAUAUUUAUUUUCGUUCGCUAUAGAAUCCCGUGACAGAAUCUCAAUACGUUCGCUUUUUGAGUUAUGCUUCUUUCUUUCCAAGUUUUAAUGCCAAAACUAAAAUAAAAUUCGUUAGUAAAGUCGAUAGUGUAAAAUGCCGACGCGAAAUUCCAGUUUGACCAGUGGUAUAUUACAGCUAGCAAACUAGUGUGUCCACAGUGAAUAUAAUUCUUUUGAAAAAUUGACUAUUUAAAUGUAAAAAUAAGUAAUCUUUUUUUCAUUAAAACAUAUCUUACAAACAUAUUUUUAUAAUACUAAAAUUUCUACGUCAAGCGAAGAAAAUUUUAAACUAUGAGCAGAUAAACAACAAACAAAAUGUGAUAUUUUAAAGGAGUAAUAUGAAAAUGGCAUUAAACUAAUCCGUUUCAGUGUACUAAUUAGUGAUUAACGAUGAAGGAAAUAGGCAACUAAAUCUAACAACAAAUCUACCACCAUGGGAAACUCUUGUAGUAGUGGGCAAGCCCACAAAGACAAGGACAAUAUGUCCCAGAGAUCAGAAGAGUCAGCCAGUUAUCAAGUGAGAACUUCGUUGCCCUCCGAAAAGCAACAAACUCUAUUAAACCAUAUAACUUCACAUAGCGGUGUUAUACUAGAACCAAGUACUGCAGGUCAAACUGCUACAAUUCAUCAGGGAGCACCUCCAACAACGUUAUCAGGGUACCCUACAGCGCCUUCCGAUUUAAAGAAUCAUAGCCUUGCAAAAAUAAUGAAGGGGUAUUCAGAUUCUAUGUCAUUGGCUUCACCGUUAAGCCCCAAGGGUUUUGAAAAACUCACGGAAGAUAUUCCAACUGAAGUUUCUAGCUUAACAGAGAACCUACGCCAUCUAAUUAUGGGAAGAAUAGCACAUGCUAAGACGUGCUUAAGAGGAAGGAAAAUUGUAAUCUAUGUUUCUGCUGCAGAUUCGCAAGAUUGUACAGUAGAAAAGGGAGCUCUUCAUAAUACAGUAUACCCCACUCUACGAAAAUACUGUAGAUCUAAAGGCUAUGAACUACAUAUUGUAGACCUUCACUGGAAAACUUUACUAGAAAAGCAACAAGAUCACGAGUUUCCAGAACUAUGCAUUGGUGAACUGACACGACAAAUCGAAGUAGCAUACAUUAUACCAGUACUUUUUCUCAAUAACUCAUUGGGUACUCAGCUAUUGCCAAUUACAAUCGAAAGUACUGACUUCAAAAUGGCUUUGGAGGGCACAGAUAAUCAAACUGCUCAGGGGCUACUUAAGAAAUGGUAUAUGUUAGAUAGUGAUGCACAACCUCCUUGCUACCGACUGAGACCCAUCUCGUGCCACAUUCCCGGAUUUAAUGAAACUUCUUUAGAAGAUAGGGAGAAAGCUUUUCAAGAAUGGGCACAAGAAAUUGAUAAAAUGCUUACUGUAUUAAUAAAUAUAUUUUCAAUGGAACUAAGAGAUACCUAUUUAACCACAGUAGUAGAACAAGAAGUCCAUAAUACGGUAUUUAUGAGUCAAGAAAUGGCAAAAAGGUGUAUCUGGAUGAACAGAGUUUAUUCACCAACGCCAAAAACCCCCGAUAACCUUAGUCCAGGAGAGGAAGAAGCAAUCAGAAGAUUAAACAUUUUGCAGAAGGAUCUUAGAGAUCAACUCGCUGAAAAACAUAUAGUUCGAAUCCAAGUAAAAUAUUCAGAAAGUGGUCUAAACUUGGAUAUACCAGAACACCAAGAUUACAUUUCGACGGUUACGUUGCACCUUCAAAAGCAUCUACAGGAAACGAUAGACAACAUCAUUGAUGAGCAUUCUAAUAAAACUAUGAUUCGCCCAAGUUAUGGGAUUGAUGCCAGCUUAUUUGAAGAACUUAAUCAACAGACAUAUUUUUGUCAAAAAGCGUCUCAGUGUAGCAUUAAUAGAGAAAAAACAAUCGAGGAAAUAUAUUCCUACUUGACAAGUGACAAAACAAAUCCCUUAUUGUUGGUUGGCCCGAGCGGUUGUGGGAAAACAACCCUACUAGCCAAGAUAGCAAUACACUGCCCAAACAAAUUGCCCGAGGCCUUUUUAAUUCUGAGAUUUAUGGGAAUCAGCGCACAUAGCAAUACGAUUGAACAAUUACUAAAUUCUAUUACUAACCAGUGUUCCAUUUUGUCUCACGGGCAUACAUAUUUUGGAAGUCAUUCAAUAGAUGCAUACCAGCAAGUUAUACCAGAACUGUUUACUACCAGUAGUCUCCAAAGGCCAUUGGUAAUCAUUUUAGAUGGCCUAGAUCAAGUUCGAGAGUAUAGUUUAAAGAAUAUUGAUUGGAUUCCCAAAAAAUUGCCUGAUAAUAUUAAACUUAUUAUAUCUGUGGCAGAAGGCAGUCAGAUGCACGAAGAUCUGAAAGCAAGACUUACAGAUAAUUGCAGCAUUUGUAUGCCCCUAUUGGGACAAUCGGAAGCAAAAAACAUUCUUAUGUCUAGUGUGAUGCAAUACAAUCAUAGCAUAAACUCUAAAAUUCAGGAUUGUGUAUUGAAGUCUGUGCAAGAAUGUACUGUACCGCUUUAUGCAAAGGUUUUGGCUUGGCAAACUUCCUGGUUAAUCGAUAAAGACUGGGAAAUUAAACCAAAAGGAAACCUACCAGAGCAAUUAGAUUGUAUGCUGGAAGAGCUGGAAACAAUUAUUGGGCAGCCCCAGGUACAACAUGCGUUAGCACUUAUCACUUGUAGUAAACAUGGUGUCACAGAUUCUGAAAUGCUCGAUCUUUUGGCUUUUGAUAGACACUUUCAUAGCAGUACUACUUUUCUUCCUUGGGCGCCAGCUAAUUUAGCCUGGCCAAGACUCAUAAAACACUUAGCGCCCUUUCUUCUUUGGUCUCUUACUGGUGGUGUAUUGGGUAUUCAAUGGAGAGACGACCUUUUGCGAAAAGCAGUUAGCAAAAGAUAUUUUAAUUUCAAGAUGUGGGCACAUGAAACAUUAUAUGACUAUUAUAAUGGAAAAUGGUGCCAACCAAUUCCAAAGAAUUUUCAGGCGAGGGUGAUGACUCAAGAAAACAAUUUAGGCAAAUGCUACAACAGAAGAAAACUUGAUGAGCUUCCCUACCACUAUCAUCAUCUUAAAGAGGAUGUGUCUAGCUCUACUUACCUGACAGAUAUGUACUGGAUAUUCGAUAAAAUAUGUGGAUCCAGUGUGUUUCAAAUUUUGGAAGACUUAAUGCUUAUACAGUCCAAAAAGUCUAAUAAUUUUACGACAAUGCUCAAGGAGUUUUUAGAAACGCAUGCAGCAAUACUUAAUUAUGAUGGCAGGCAGUUUUACUCACAUAUGUUUACGUUUUUGAAAGGAAAGAGUAUAGACGAAAACUUGAAAGAUAUCUUUGAAGCAUCGCAGAAACCACCAAUAGAAACCUUAAUAGCUCUAAAUCCUGAAGGUCUAAAGAAGGAAAUCGAUCAAUGUCCUGACACUGAUUUAAUCAUUAGGAUUCCAGAUUCCAAUAGAUUUGUUAUAACUGUUUCAACGAAGAAGGAAAGAUUACGUGUUUGGGAUGUUUUGGAUUGUAUACCAGUAAGAACUUUAAACUCAAUCCCACAUCCAACGAACGUAAUACCUAUAGACCAGUAUAAAUGUAUAGUGCUAUGUAAAAGAGAACUUAGGAUAUAUAAUCUAAAUAAUGGUACCUUCCUUACCAAACUGAAAGGAGUUAUGAACCAAAAGAUGCCAUAUUAUGGACUACAUGAUAAGAGUCAUCUAGUUGCGCUCAGUAGAAAUAGGAUGUAUAUAAAUUUAAUGAACUUGGAAUCAGGCGAUUGCGUGACAACAUUCAAAGCUGGUGAGGACCGUUUUCUAAAUUCUCUGCUGGUAUCGGGGGAUGGAAGGGUUCUUGUUUGCGGUGAUGAGACGCAGAAACCUUUUCCUUUAUUGGUUUGGAAUCUAAAAUCCAAAAAAUUAAUGUAUGACCUCAGAAUACCACACCAUGAUUUCAUUACGUCACUUAGUGCUAUCACUUAUGAAGGAAAUUACGUAUGUUGUGUCUGUCAUGAGAUAGAUGAUGAAAGUCCUAACUUUAUAGUAGUAUACGACCUACAAAGUGGCACUUUGUUUAAAAAGUGGAAACCUUCCUGCAAUACUGUAUCUUUAGAAAUUAGCUCCCAAGGUAGCUGUGUUAUUUCUGGCUUGGAAGACGCGAGGAUUUUGGUAUGGGAUCUAAUAACAGGAAACUGUAGAUUUUCCCUAAGCGGACACACAGCACCGGUGUCUGUUUUAAAAUUAGACCCAACUGGAGGUCUUUGUUUAUCUACAGAUGCAGUAUGCAGGGAUAGAUCUAUAAGACUUUGGGAUAUAAAUAAAGGAACUCUCCUAGCUGUUUAUACUCCGAAAACAAAGAUUUCAGCUUGUGAAGUAACUCAAAACGGUCAGCAUGUAGUUUUAGCCUUACAAGGAUACCAGGAUAUAAUAACCCUGCAAUUAAGAGGCCCUAACAUUGAAGAGUGUAUUUUGGAGGAAAGCUAUGGCGAUGCGGAGCAUAAUGGAAAAGUUUGGAACCUUAGUGAAGAAACUGGUUAAAUAAUUAAUCUAUUACACAGUUUGUUAAGAAGGAUAUAAUAGUGGAUCGACCAGAUAAAAAAAAUUGUUAAAAGUUCUAUAACAUGCAUUGAAUUAUGAAUAUUAAAAGCGUUCCUAAGAAAAUCAGAAUGUUUUAUGAACAAAAUAUUUUGCGGUUUCGUUUCUCGACAACCUUAAAGAUAAAAUAAGUUUGUUAAUAUUAAUUAUUAUUCUUGAUCCAGUUAAACAAUACAAUAUUUGCCUUUCGGAUUUUGAGCAAUAAAAAAUUAUUCCUGUUCAAUUUGUCGAGACGAUUUUUAAAACAGUUUACAGCAGGAGCACUUAUAACAUCCAUGGGUAGAGCAUUUCAAAUAGCAAACACUAAUUGACCAAAACAUUUGACGUGGUUUUUAUAAUUUUGUUUAUUUUUAUUUAAUUUUAAUGUAUGACCGCAAAGUUAACUCUAUGUCGUUUAAAUAAUUCAUUUAAAUCACAGCUCAAAUAACUAUAAAGUAUUUUGCAAGUGAAAACCAAAUCAUCACGAAUUUCUUAUUUUUUUAAACUUAGUAAUUUAGUAUUUAAAAGUCUCUCGCUGUAGCUAGGUCUCGCAAACCAUAAUUAUGUUGAUUGUGUAGCGCAUCGCUGCAUCGAUUCAUGUAGAUUUUUGACGCGCACUAAGUCCACGACAAAUCGAAAAUAGUGAAAUGAGAUUUUAACAAAAGUUUUUGUAGUCAAUACAACAUGGAAUUCGCACGUCUCACAAUUGAUGCAAUAUACUGGGACCAAGAGAGAUUCUUAAUUACUAUUAUUCCGAGUCGACUUUUUUAAGUUUAAUGUUAUUUCUUUCGUACGGUAGCUGUGAAUAAUUUUUUCCAAAAUAUGUUGACUAAAAUAUAAUUGUUUACAGAAUUUAUGCAAUGCAUAAUUGGAAUCUAAACCAACAAACUAGUUUACUUACGUAAGAUAUUUAAAUAUAUUUUCUGGAUAGGAAUUAAGAAUUUAGGUUGGUAUCUCAUGUUAAUUCAGGUUUAUUGAGAUAUGGCAUAUAUUUUUGGAUAUUUCAAUGAAAAAAGGCCUUUUAGGAAUAUGCACUACUUGUUACACAAAAUGGAUAGUAAGAACAUUUGUAUUUCCGUACCUUAAUUAUAGUUUACUCAGGCUUAUUUAUGGUUUAAAAUAUUAUAUAUUAAAUAGGUCAGGCUUACCAUUGCCUUAAUUAAAGCAACACUGAAAGAUUUAAGAAAAUAGUAAGAUGGUAAUAAUUUUCCCUUCAUUAUGACAAAUAGAACUUCAUGUUCAUAAAUUGUUUCUAAAUUUCCUAAAAAAGGAUACGGAGGUUUCUGAUAUUUGCACUUGCAUACAGCGCAUACUAACACAUUUUUUUGUUUUUUAAUUAAACACACUGAGGAAGCCUUAAAACAUUAAAAUAUAUAAUAACGAACAGUUUAAACGUCUUAGUUUUUACAAAUUAUAUUGAGGAGUGCCAAGUUAUUGUUCCUUUGCCAGUGAAUAUUAUGUAAACAUAGCAUCACUAGUAUUCCUCUUCAACCUUAGCACCAAUCAAGACUCUGAUAAUACUAUGAAAUUCCUAUCAUAUACUUACUCGUUGAUUAGAAAAACCUCUAAUUUCGUUUAAAAUAAUUUUUGACAAUAGGGAAACUGGCCUAAAAUUACAAGUCCUCCGUUAUAUAAUUAUUUGAAUCCUAAGUUCAAUGUUGAGCUGUUUUUUUUUUCUGUUUUUUUUUUCAAAAUCAGAUCAAUUCAUUAGGAUUGAUCUGAUUUUGAAAGACUUCGUGAGUUGAUCUAAACCAAAGGAGUCUCCCCUCUAAUAUAAUAAAUAAACAAAGUUAAUCAAGUACCUAGCUCUCAUAAAAUAUAAAAAGAUUUGAUAUGAGAUGAAAAAUAUCAGUUCCUCCGCAAAUAUUACUUCCUAAUAACUAAUAGAGCCUACUUUAGAACUUUUCUAGAAUAUUGGCAUAAUGCAGAUUUUACCACAUUCACACUACAUAUAUAGUGUCUUAGCACUGUAAUUCUUAGUUUUGUUAAUUUUGCUCCAGAAUUUGAACUCGAAGGACACAUUCGUAUGUACACCACUGCAGUUUCAGUUAGUUAGUGUGAUAUUCCCAGUAUAAAUAGGAAUUAACGAAUGACCAAUUGUUAUUCCAAGAAUGUAAUUUUUCAUCGAAAUGCGCAAAAAUAUAGACAUUUAAAAUAAAAAAGUUACAAAAUUCUACAAAAAAUUGUUCUUUUUCUUUAAUUUUAUAAAAUAAAUUUCAACAAAAAAACACUGCAUAAUUGAAUCAUACUGAUUUUGUGUGAGCUGCAAACCUUGUUUAUAUGAACUGAAAAUAUCCUACUUGUACAAAAAUAGCAAAGAGAGUUGGCAUCGACUCUACACCUUAAGCUGUAAAAUGAGUCUUGAUUUUUUAUUCAGUCGUUACGUUACGAUAAACGAAAUAAUUCUCAUAGCAUAGAUACAAUUGAGAAAUAUGAUUACAGUUCAAAAUAUAAAACACUGUAUGUGCUGGUAACAAACUCUAUGUUAUAUUUUGAAAUUGUCACCCUCUACUUUACGAUUUCUAUUCAAAAUCACGGCUAUUUCAACACAAGACAUAAAGGCUAAAUCCAAAAUUAGUGUUAUCUUAAAAUCCACAAAGACAACUCUAUCAGUUUUGAUAACCCUGAAUAUUCCUACGCCUAGGGCGAUUCGCUAUUGGUCAGCAGUAGGCGGCCUGAUCUGUGCCUGAAAAGUGGCGAGCUUUUUGUUUCUAAACCGUGGAUCUAUCCUGGCGAUUCACGACGCUAAAAUGGAUACUACAGCAAAGGAUACAGCUACAACCGAUUUCUGUGCCGGUCUCUCCACCACAAAAGUUUUAUUUUGCAAUGCCUUAAGCAUGGCAACAGUGGCGAAAACGUUUUGAGCGGUUCAUGUCAGUGUCUGGACAAAACGCAAAACCUGAUAAAGACAAAAUUAACAUGUUAAUGUAUAUUCAUGGCGAGAAAGCCGAAAAAGUUAUGCUGCAAUUUGUGCAAGUUCCUGAAACCUAUGCAGUGACAAUACAGGCGGAGCUGUAAGAGAAACAGAGUCAGAAGAUGUGGUGGCUUCAGUCACAAGGAGCUACACAGGUAGCUCACAAGCAGAAUUGUAUGAGAGAGCACCAUUAUGGCGUCAGUGAUUCUGUUGCGGUACAAGGAUGCAGUUCUCGAAGAGCAAAUGCUAAAUCUUUCCGUUUUUCAAUUUUCAUACAAAAACAGUAUGAAAAUGAGUGAAGAAGAAAAUAGGAAGAAUUGUGCCAGAAAAUGCCAAUUUUAUGAGUUAGCAAAGUAUUCCAGGAAAAAGUGUCCUGCCAAGCAAUCAACAUGCCGUUCUUGUGACAAAAAAGUUCACUGGGUUACUAUUUGUCGAGGGAAAAAGACAUUUUCGGUAACUAUUUGGGAAAACAGGCAAAUAACACAAUGGACAUUCGACACACUCCCGAAGCUUCCCCCGAAGCGACUUUGCGAGCGCCCGAACAGGGUGACCUCGACACAUAACACACCGCUCGGAAAUACUCGAUUAUGUUGAGACGAGAGAGACAACAAAUCGGAAAUCAUUUACCAGAAUACGUACCGAAAAAACCUUUCGAGACACUGAAUUAUCGGGGUUGCCAGCGCUAUUAUUUUACAGUGCCAAAAUACUUUAGAAGUCUCCAUUAUAUUCAAGAUUCAAGGAUACCUCGACCGCCUAGGUGUAAUUUCAGGGUAAUAAUGGACCAUAGGAGAUAUCAGAGAUCAGGAGGAAUUUACCACGAUGGGUUUUUGUACAUAACAAGAUCCACGAAGCACAACAUCAGGUAUUUAAUCUGUAGCAAGUACCGACGAUUGGGUUGUAUUGCAUCAAGGAAAAUCCACUUAGAAGAGGGAAAUGUCUUCAUUCCUAUAAAGGUUGAACAUAAUCAUCCUAGAGACGACAACAGAGUUGAAGCAAUGGAUUUUAGAAUUCAGCUACAGGAGGCCUGUGUUCGAGAAAGAGGAACCCUUAAAAAUAUUUAUGAGUGCGUUGCCGCAAGGUAAAGUGGCUAUUAUAUAUACUACAGGACUAUAUAGGACUCCACAGGACAAUACAGUAUUAUACAGGACUUCUACAGUACACUACAGUAAUGUACACUAAUAAAUUUCUGUUUAAAAAGUGUUUUAUAGAGACUUUUUUUGCUGCCAUUAAAGAACUACUUUUUCGUAGCUAAAUAAAACACUUUUUAAACAAAUUUUUUUUACAAAAAAAACUGUUACCCUUACAAUUUGCUUUUUAAAAAAAGACAUACAGCUAAAGGCUUUUUUAAUUUUAAAAAGUACAUUUUAACUUUUAAAAAAGAUUUUCUUAUAACUAAAAACAAAAAUAUUAUUAGUAGCAUUUUUAACCAUAAAAAAGUAAUUUUUAAGAUUUAAAAAAAAAACUUGUUAAGGUAAAUAGAUAUUUUUUAACGGCUAAAAAUCAUUUUAUAGGAAAGAGCAUUGAGUCAAAACUCGUUUCUCUCUCUAUUAAAAUCUAUAGGUGCUUAAUUUGAAUUAUUCUUCAUUUAGAAACGUGGAUGGUGCUGUUGAGGUUCCAUUUAAUGUGAUUCGCCGUUCAAUGUUGAGAUGGAGCCAGGCAACGAGGCCUAAUGUCCCGGCAACUUUAACGGAACUGGCAGACAUAUUUCGAACAGGUAAUUGGCCAAGAUAUACGGAUUGUACCAGUGGAUGUUUUUUUUCAGGUGUGGUCGAAGCCAAUGGACUUACUGCGGUGGUUUUUGGCAAUAGAGAAUUUAUAGGAAACUUCAUUGACUCCCAACACACAUUCAUUGAUGGAACCUUCAAGGCAGUACCGAGAAGACCUAACUUUUGUCAAAUCUUGACCAUAUUUGCCACUUGCAUGGAUCAUGCUUUUCCAGUUGCACAUAUUUUCAUGGAGAGAAGAACGAAAAUCUUGUAUGAUGCUGCUUUUGCCUACCUGCGUGAGAACUUCCCACAAUUUGUCAAUAUUAACGUUGUGACGGACUAUGAGGUGGCUUUGGUGGAAUCACUGAGGAACAACUUUCCCAAUGCCUCAUUGCAUGGUUGUUUUUUCCAUUAUUGUCAGGCGGUAUUACGAAAAGCAGGACUUUAGGGAUUACACGGCAGAUCGAGGGACGACCUAAUGGAAGAGUCUUAUUGAAGAAAUACUAUUGUUUGGCGCUUCUACCUGCGGAGAUGAUUGAACCGACAUUCGUUUCCUUGCAGCACGAUUUGGACUUUGGCGCUGUAUUUAGAGAACUCAAUGAGUAUAUCAGGAGGCAUUGGAUAGAACGCGUUACAGCUCAGCAUUUCAGUGUAUUCAGGCAACGACAUAGGACCAACAAUGUGAUGGAAUCAUACCACAGAAGACUGAACAGUAAAUUGAGUAGACAUCCUGGUGGGAUUUGAUAGAGACGCUUAUCGAUAUCCAGAACACUGCUUCCAUCGAGCUGACUCAGCUGGAACAACACCCCAAUGUUUACAGGAUUGCAAGAAAGAAUGUGGUAUUUGAUGCUCGACUGAAUCAAGCUUGGGACAAGUUAUCGGAUGGUCGCUUCACCGUGGGAGAUUUCCUAAGGCAAGCAGUCCAUUUUGUGGAUGGCAUAGAUGGACAACUACAUCAGUGGAACCAGGAAGUACCGACCGAAGAAGAAGAAGAAGCUGUCGUCGUUCCACUAGACCAUCUUCAUCGUUUAUUAAUGCCAGCUCCUAUUGCUCAACCACCAAGAAAUGUUCCUAUUUUACUCCAUCAGCAACGUCCUCUUCUUCUGGAACCUCCUCCGCUCAUUCCACUUCCUCGUGCACGCAUGCCUUUACCUCCAUUAGUUCCUAUUCCCAUUUUGCCACUUGUCCGUCCAUUGUCACCUCCUCCCCUUGUCCCAAUCCUUCAGAAUUUGCCGCCGCCGCCCCAAAUCUUAGAACUACAACCCCCGAGAUCUCCUUCUCCUGAUUCACCUUCUCCCGGUUUUUCUGAUUCACCUCCUCCUCCUGGUUUGCCUGCUUCUCCUCCUCCUGGUUUUCCUGCUUCUCCUCCUCCUCCUGAACCCAUGUUCAAUGUCCCACCCAUCCCUGAAGGAAUCUUAGGAUUGUUCGGCCAGCUAGAAAACGAUGAAGAGUUACCAGUUAGAGCUCCAGUUAACCGCUGGGAAUCGAAAAUUCAAGUAGUGCCAUUUAACGAGAACACCAUGCUACCCAUGCUGAACUGUAAUGUCUGCCUUCUAAACGUGGUACAGUAUGUAAUGCCGGACUGUGGUCAUCUGUUUUGUUCCACAUGCUCAUCCAUUAUAUACAACACUGAGGCAGCUCGGUGUGCAAUAUGUCGAGCGGAACUAAACCGAUCACCUAUUCCUUUUUUUUUUAAUUGAAAGUAAUUUGAUAUUUUUCAGGUUUUAUAAUAUUUUUCUAGUAUUAGUAGUAUUUCUAUUUUGCAGCAUUUUCUAUAUUCCUUUUCUAUACACCUUUAUUUUAAUUAAUUUUUGAUUUCCUAGUUUACCUUUCCUGUCCCCGGCAAAAAUCCAUAUUUUUGUUUCACUUCUUCAUCAAUAUUGCAGGGGUAAAACAAAGUAUGGAAAGUCUACACCUUCUCGUUGGUUUUGCUGAACUAUAAAAUGUUUUGUAUUUGUUACCAAACAACAUAUUUUAUUGACUAAGUAGACUUCCUUUUAUUUUUACAAAUUACAUUAGUAAUUAACAGUUCCGAAAUGCAAGUUUUAGUUUAAGUGGAAUAUAUUCAAAUACUUGUAUACAUAACAAUAAUGUUUAGUGCAGAAUUCUGAUAGGUACACUGCAAUAGUUUCUUUCUUAUGUUACUUCAAACAAUUUUGAAUAGCUACAUAACUAGCUAAGAUUGUAGUUUGUAUAAAUUUAGUAUAAGCAAUUAACAUUUUAUAUUAACAGUCCUUAUUUAAUAGCCGUUUUUAUAUCUUGUUUGUUUGCAUAAUAAUUAUUAUGAUACUGAUGGUUUUUAGUUCAAUUCAAAGCAUACUUAAAAAAAAUUGGGUAUGACUGAAUUAUUAUAUUAUAUCAAAAUCUUAGUAGGGAUAUAUAUACUAUACAGGGUGCGUCACCAGGAACUGCAUCGACCGAUUGUGGGAAAACUAUAAGACUCGGAAAAUUUGGUACUGCACCGAGGUUAUUGGGGGCAACUAUAGGCUAGAAAAUAUUCUCAAGAUGGCGGCAGUUCUGGUCUGUGAGGGAAUAAUACUGUGUAAACUAUUCAAAUUUAUAUUUUCUUUACCUUACAUUUGACAUUAUUAUCAUUUUUAAUUAUUUAAGACGAUUAAAGAUGAAAAUAUUAUAAAAA